AUGGGUUGCGGAUUGAAGAAGGAAAAGAAGGAGAGCAAUAAUGAGGUUGCUUCCUUGAAACCCUUAAUCAAAUUCAAGAUCACAUUUUCUAAUGUCAAGAUCAAAAACAUACCUCUUUAGAAGACGAAAGUUCAUUUUUCAAUUGCAAAUUAAGAGUGUUUCCAAACUUAAAUCUCAUUUAACAAUCCUAACCCACAUUGGAGAUAAACAUUUAGAUCGUUUCAUGAAAGUGAUUAGGAAACCUUGAAGUCAGAAUUCUUCAAAAUUGUAUUCUACUCUUAUUUAUUCAGAGUGUCUUCUGCGCUGAAAAAAAUAAAUGUUUUGCUUAUGUUGUUUAAAAUAUGUGGGAAGUUGCAAACGGUCCCAUUCAUUAUGAUUUGUUUCUCGAAUCCACCAAAGGCUAACUCAUCCAGAAUCACUUUUGACUUGCGAAUGGUACAAAUGACAAACGCCAAGAUCCAAAGCAAACAAGUCAUGUGCGAACUCAAAGACCAAUUGAUGGAACAAGCCUACAAUUUUCAAUUAAAAGUCAGAUCCCAUCAAGUGGAUUACUACAGUGAUUUCUCUCCAAAUUACCUGAAUCACUACUUUUACCGUUAAUCUACCAUCAAAUAAUAUGGCUACAUCGAUUCCAAAGAAAAACUAAGAAGUGAAUCCGAUGAGUUCCAAUUGGUUAGAGACAUCUUUGAUUCAUCAAUUGAAGAAAACCUACAAACUGAUCUCAAGAGUUGCUACUUGAAAAAGAACGGACUCAAGAAUGAUUAAGACUUGCUCUUAAAAAAGUCUAAAUCAAACAACCAACUCAACUCCAAGAUCCAUCUCUCGACUAGUCAAUCUUAAACAAACAAAUCCAGAAGACCCUACUCAACUAUGGGUCUGAUAACAAAAAAGGAUCUUCUGUGGGAAUUUAAAGUAUAAGAAAAUAAUCCAAUCAUCUCCUUUGACAUUUACGUUGAUGAAUUUUCCAGUUCUUCAUUUGAAUUCAUUCUCUGGGGAAGUUCAAAACCAAACGAAAAAUCUGAUAAUGAAAGUGUUCGAAAAAUUGGAAAUUCCAUUAUCUCCCUCAACAAAUUUUUCAGUUAAAAUGUUAAUGUUUUGGCCGAACUAGAUAGGAUCUCCCUCCAAGAAGUGAUAUUCACAGACAAGUUAUGGAUCCACGGUUAAUGUGUUGGAAGAGUCAAAGCAGAAUUCAUUAUAACCAAGGAUACCUUCAUUAGACAGAUGCUUGGAGGGUUUAGAACGGAGGAAGGCAUUCAAAGAUCAUCUUAACUGUAUAUCAAAAAGGAUAAAUACUCUGGUCCACAGAGUCCGAAUAUCUAUCAAAUCAUCUAAAUCAAUAAUGAAAUAGAUGAAUUGGCUGGAAAACUCAAUCAAAAGAGUCUUCAACAUAGGGAGAGAGUCAAAAUUAAUAAGGCCAUUAAUCAAAUUAUUGAGAAGUUGAGUACUUUAAUUAAAAACUAAGAACUUUACGAGAACCUAGAGGAGAUGAUAGCUGCUCAAUUAGUGUUUGUAGAUGUAACAAAGAAUCUAUUAGAAAGUGCUGAUUUAAUCGACGAAGAUUUGAGAGAUCAAUACUAUGAUGUGCUUAUUACUUUAUUGAACAGAGACGAAUUCUUCAUCAGUUACUUGGGUUUCGAUAAGGAUCUUAAGGAGGCUUAUAACUUAAGAAAUGAUCAGAAUUACGUGUCUAAAAACAAGAAUCUUAUAUAACAAUUAAAUCAGAAAAUUAGAAUAGGAUUGCAUUAUUAGAAUUUCUUACAUCAAACUUUUGAGAAAGUUACAUAGAAACUCAAUUAACAGGGAUAGAAUGAUAAGGAAGAACUAUUUGUAAAUACAUUCUUAGUUAUUGCUUUUUUCAGAAUACCCUAAUUCUAGAACUUAGUUAUUAAUAUUCUAAAGGAAGAUCAACGUUUAUUAAAUGAGGAAUUCGAAAAAGAUUUUGGAAUAUAUUGCAUUGAUAACACAUUUUCUACUGAAUGGGAUAAGAAUUUUUAUGAUUAUCUACAAGGUGAUCCUCGUCAUUAAGAACAUAAGAAGCAAUUCUAAGGUAUUCUUAAUUCUAUUGAUUGGAAGAACAUCAUACUUACAAGUAGAGUGUUUUUGAAGUGGUUUCAAUUAAUGUUGAACCAUUACAAGAAAGCAAAGCAUCCAUAUGAUAUGUGCUUAACAUGGUCAGGGUUUUCCUGGCUAUUUAAUUUUAAUUAAGUAUUUGCUGUUGGAGAUUAAAUAUUCAAAUGA